AUGGCGUCGGCGGCGUGGCUGGGUUGUCUAUUAGUGCUGACGAAUGCAUUCCUCAUUCAAGCUCAAUAUUCAGGUGGCUAUCCAGGUUACGGGGCUGCACCUCCUUACCCCAUUAUAGUAAGGAAUAAUAAUGACGAUGACGGUUGGAAACAUAUCUUACCAAUACUACUUCUACUUCUCUGCGACGGCGGUUGUGGUGGUGGUUUCGGUGGCUUCGGCGGUUGUGGCGGUGGUUGGGGUGGUGGAUGCGGUGGAGGGUGUGGUGGUGGGUGCGGUAACGGGGGAGGAAACUGUGGCCAGAAUAUCCCAAUUCCGUAUCCAAUACCCAUACCUAUUAAUAACCCCAUAAUCAAUUAA